UCUCCGUAGGUUAGAUUGUUUAAAUACGUAUAUGAAUGCAAAAUAUACGUAGAGAAUACUGACUACAUCUACCCGUAUAUAUCCUAGAUUUUCCUUUUUAAUUUUGAGAUUUGGUCAAGCUUUGACUAUACAUUGAAAUGGAGAUUCAAGAUUUCCAAUUUCAGAGCUGCUUCAGACUUGGAUUAUUCAUCUUCAUCUUCCUCCUGCCCAGUUGUAGCCGGGGCCUUGAGGAGUACAUUUCAGCACAGUAUUUCAAGAAACAUGAAAUUUUGGACGAUUCAAAGUUCAAUAGCUUCCUAAAGACUGAUGUUUCACGAAGUUCUUGCCAGAUGCAGCAACCUGAACUGAAUAAUAAGGAGCCAAAAAUGUUAGCUUUACACAGGAAUUUGAUUGGGGAAGGUUCACAUCGUCGUUUAUCUUCAUCCGUUAGGUUAGAAAUCCAAGUAUCUGCACAAUCUUGUCAAGCCAUUGUGAUAGAAAGACUGCCCUCUGGAGUUUUUGCAGAUCCUUUUGAGUUGCAACAUCUUGUCCAGAGGAAAGUGUUCAGCAAUGCUGCUGUGUUUGGGGAUACAAAUCUAGAGUUGCCUUCAUUUCGGUCCAAUAGGUCAUUAGUUGAAGUUCAUGUGCGGAUUGAUCCUGGCAUGUUUUCUGGAGAUCAUAAGCAGCUAGAAAUCAACAUUGAGCUCCCAUUGCACGCCCGUUAUCAGCCAUUAGGUUAUGGCAUUUCUAGAGUUGAAUUCGGCCUGCCGGACAUAGUUUUCAGUUGCAGAAAUGAAGGAAAUUUGCAUGAGAAGAGCUGUUUGCUUGUUCCUACUGAUGAAGGUAUCAACGAUGAAGAUGGCAAUAUAGUAUGGGAAGUGCCUUGUGGAAACAAGGAGCACGCAAAAAUUGUGUCAUUUGUGACAUUCAUAUCAGCAAUUUUGUCAGCUUUGUUAAUUGUCUGGACUUCUGUUUCUUCUUCAAAUAUUGCACUCACAGCUGACCUGAAACAAUCUUGAUAUAUUUAUAUUGUUUCUAAUUAUCCGUGAUUUUGCCAAAAGAACUUCAGAGCUUAAAGAGAAAAACUUCCCAGCCUUGGCUAUGUACUUAUAUGUCGACUGCACUUCAACCACCACACCUUUCAGUUCGACAAUAAUGCUUCGGGAAAUGCUUCUCACAUUUUGGUCUCCAAAAUUUUAAGGUACUUGGUACUUCAGAAGACUGUGUUCUCCUCUCUUCUUGCCCAACUCUCAGGCACCUGGCGGAAUUUUGAGUGUACUUCUGAGGAAUGUAAAUGCUGAACAUGGUUGAGAUUGAGAUGUCCAAAAUGUGGAGCAGAUUGUUGUGUAGGAUACUUAUUCUUCGUAGAUGGGUAGAUACUUUAGUCCGCAAACAAAUCAGGUUGGUUAAUUGAUGCUUCCUAAAAGUACUUGUGCUGAUAAUAUUAUGCAGAUUUCAGACACAUCUAUUUGGAAGCCUUGGUGCUUCAGCUUUUACCA